UCUUAGCCGGCCGAGACUGCGCCAUGCAGGAAGCGCCAGCCGCGCUGCCCACGGAGCCGGGCCCCAGCCCAGUGCCUGCGUUCCUCGGCAAGCUAUGGGCGCUGGUGGGAGACCCGGGGACCGACCACCUGAUCCGCUGGAGCCCGAGCGGGACCAGUUUCCUCGUAAGCGACCAGAGCCGCUUCGCCAAGGAAGUGCUGCCCCAAUACUUCAAGCACAGCAACAUGGCAAGCUUUGUGCGGCAGCUCAACAUGUAUGGUUUUCGGAAGGUGGUGAGCAUUGAGCAGGGCGGCCUGCUUAGGCCCGAGCGCGACCACGUCGAGUUUCAGCACCCGAGCUUCGUACGCGGCCGAGAACAGCUACUGGAACGUGUGCGGCGCAAGGUGCCAGCGCUGCGCAGCGACGACGGCCGCUGGCGCCCCGAGGACUUGGGUCGGCUGCUGGGCGAGGUGCAGGCUUUGCGGGGAGUGCAGGAGAGCACCGAGGCGCGGCUGCGGGAGCUCAGGCAGCAGAACGAGAUCUUAUGGAGGGAGGUGGUGACUCUGCGGCAGAGCCAUGGUCAGCAGCACCGGGUCAUUGGAAAGCUGAUCCAGUGCCUCUUUGGGCCACUUCAGACAGGGUCCAGCAGCGCAGGAGCUAAGAGAAAGCUGUCCCUGAUGCUGGAGGAGGGGAGCUCAUGCCCAACACCAGCCAAAUUCAGUGCCUGUCCCCUACCUGGUGCCCUCUUGCAGGACCCCUACUGUAUCCAGUCGCCCCUCCCAGAGACCGCCUCGGGACUCAGCAGCUCUCACAGGGCCAGGGGCCCUAUCAUCUCUGACAUCCACGAAGACUCUCCAUCCCCUGAUGGGACCAGGCUUUCUCCUUCCAGAAGUGGCAGGAGGGAGAAGGGCCUGGCACUGCUCAAAGAAGAGCCGGCCAGCCCAGGGGGGGAAGGCGAGGCCGGGCUGGCCCUGGCCCCAAACGAGUGUGACUUCUGCGUGACAGCCCCCCCGCCACUGCCUGUGGCUGUGGUGCAGGCCAUCCUGGAAGGGAAAGGGAACUUCAGCCCUGAGGGGCCCAGGAAUGCCCAACAGCCUGAACCAAGGGGUCCCAGGGAGGUAUCUGACAGGGGAACUCUGGGCCUGGAGAGGGGGGUGCGGAGCCCAGAGCAUCUGCUACCUCCCAUGUUGCUUCAGCCCCCCACUGAAAGUGUGGAGCCCGCAGGGCCCCUCGAUGUGCUGGGCCCCAGCCACCAAGGGCGAGAAUGGACCCUGAUGGACUUGGACAUGGAGUUGUCCCUGAUGCAGCCCUUGGGUCCAGAGAGGAGUGAGACUGAGCUGGCAGUCAAAGGGUUAAAUUCUCCAGGGCCAGGGAAGGACUCCACCCUUGGGGCACCACUCCUGCUGGAUGUCCAAGCGGCUUUGGGAGGCCCAACUCUCGGCCUUCCUGGAGCUUUAACCAUUUACAGCACCCCUGAGAGCCGAGCCUCCUACCUAGGCCCCGGGUCCAAUCCCUCCCCCUGAGACCUGCUUGGCUCUGAAACCAGCCUACCUGAGGGGCUGGCCUGCAGCAGCACCCCCUUCUGGGCUUCCUGGUGCCCUUGGAAGAGGCAGAACCAAGACCCUGCUACUUUGUGGUCCUUCUCCAUCACUGAGCCCUGCACAUAAACUGCAUUUUUUUCUGUGUUUCUGGUCUCUUUUCUUUACCGACCAGGGAGCACAGAAGUCAUGGGUGGGGGUGGAGGGGGACUUUGAAUUCAUA